AUGAAAUAUCCAGGCGGUAAUCCUUCCACAAUGUUCUGUGAACAGGUCAGCACGGUCACGUCGUUGUUCGAGCAGUGGAACGACUGCGAGCGAACCGUCGUUCUCUAUGCGCUCCUGAAGCGAGUCCCGUCCGUAAAUCUCAAGUUUCUGCAGGUGUCGAUCGACUACAACCUUGCGCAGAAUUGCCCCAGCGAGGUGAAGCUGCACGAGCUGGAAGCACGGGCCAAUGACACGACGCUGCUCCGUAUGCUGGUGCAGAGGUACUACCAGCUAAGUGGUGGUGGCCAUGCCGCUGCUGGUUCCUCGCUCACCGGAGGGCUGCAGCUGAAUAAUAACAACAACAACACAAACAGUGUGAAUAACAAUCUCAAAGCCCAGCCGGAGUCUGCGUCACUGUACGAGCUGCUGAAAAAGUCCAUCACGCAUGGUCCGUCGGGGCACCACCACCACCAGCACCAUCAUCUCGUCAGCAAUAAUCUCCUGUCUCCGUCGUCCAACGAAUCCUCCGUAUCGUCCUCGUCCUUCGAUGACCACGAAGAACGCCCUCCGGAAACGAUGGAAAAUAUCCUGAAGGACAUUCUAAACUAUCUGCCGCUUCUGACGCCGGGCAAUGAUGUUGCCAAGAGCAUGUACAUGUCACUAAUACCGGGCGCAGUGGAGGACGCGUGCCGACAGCUCGUGCCCACCGAGAUCGUCCAGCAGACGCUCUCCUAUCUCCUGAUCCAUCCGGCAAUAACCAACGAUGAUCGCAGAAUUCUGAGCUGCUUGUUGCGGCACUUGGAAGACUUCAUUUCGACGUCUUACGUGCCGGCCACUGGUGAGCGGGUUCCCGCCUCCGUCGGCAAGGGUCGCAACUAUUUUCAACACAACAACAGCGCCACCGUUGCAGGUGGCAACGCACAAGGUCCGUUUCUGUCAACGACGGUCUCCGCGGGAGCGGGCAAAAUUCCGUGGCAACAUGGCACGCUUGGCAUACCGGUGCCACCUCCUUCGACGCAUUCGUCGACACACUCAUUGACUCAAACGCAGAUGGUGCCCUCGGGUGCCUCGCAGAAACACUCUCAUUCCUCGCUGACGACCGGUGGCACAUCGCCACACCCAGCCCCGUGCCAGACGAAGGCCACAACGGCCGCAAUGGGUAGAACCGGCAGUGGCGUGUCGAAUUGGAACUGUACUUCGUCCAGCUCGUCGAGUUCCAGCUCACCAACCAGUUCCAGUUCCUGUCUCGAUAGUGCCGCUUCGCAGCUCCUAAAAUCGUCCACACAACAUCCGCCACCGACGAUUAGCGCCGAUUUUGGUGUUGUCCGUGUUCAGCAGCACCGCACGGGCACCACAGCGGCGCUGAUCGCCUCUAGUCAAACGGGCACAGGAGUCGGGCAGCAGCCGGAAGCAUCGCACCCAAACUCGUCGGUGAUCGCCGGCAACGGGUCCACUACGGUGACCGAUGAUCUCAUAACGGCGGCAACAGAAUCCCUGCUGUACGAUUCCCCGACCGACGACCAUCACGUGUCGUUCAGCAAAAAUGGCACCGAAAUCUUUGACUACGAUUGUGAUUUCGAUCACGAAGACGAAUAUAACUAUCUGAGGCAACGGAAUACGGCCAGUACCACCGCCAGUACCGGUGGCAAAAAGUUGGUCUCCUUCAACAGCAACGUAAGCAACGAUUUUCUAUGCGUUCCGCUGCUGCUCAAUGCCUACGGUGGUGGUGGUGGAACCUCCGGCCUCGACCAUGAUCUGGAUGGUACGCUGAUGAAGACCCGUCGUUCGAACAGCCUAACGACUACGCCUUCGUCGGCCCUGUCCGCGGCAAUGAUUGCCGCCAACUUCGGCGGAAUGCCGGUUGGUGGUGGCGAGAUGCUGUACGCACAGCAAAAGCAAAACAACGAAUGUUUGUCGGCCGAGAACCUGACCAGCCUGCAGAUGCUGCAGAAUAAACCGCGCAGCUUUUCGCUCACGAUGGAGAGUCCCCGGUCGUCGCUCACGUCCAGCGGUUCCGAUACGCAGCUGGACGAGUUCAAGCACCACCACCAGGGACCGGUCGGUCUGAUGAAGCUGUACGGUGGCCAGCCGAACCUUGGGAUGUCGAGCAUUGCGCACUGGCUGAAGAGCCUGCGGUUGCACAAGUAUGUGUGGCUGUUUUCGAACCUCACGUACGAUCAGAUGCUCGACAUCACGGAGGAGUACCUGCAAAAUCUGAGUGUCACCAAGGGGGCUCGCCACAAAUUGGCUCUAUGCAUUCAGAAGCUCAAGGAACGCUUCAGCGUUCUGCGCCAACUGGAGAAGGAUUUACUCGGCGGCCAAACGGCGGGGCCACAACUGGCGACGGUUUUGGAGGAACUGACGAACAUCGUGCUGACGCCGAUGAAGCCGAUCGGUAUCGAUCAGCGUGAGGAUGUUGCGGGACAGUUCGUCAAGGUGUUGGACCUUGUGGGUUCAAUAAUAGUUCUGCGACCGAUCAAUAGCCAGCAGGAUGAAGAGUACCUGAACAUAUUCCUGUGGAUUCUCGAGCGUGCCCUGCACAACGAUGCCUUCGUUGCGCACUUUGUCCAGAUUAAGGACCACAAGUACAAACUGUCGAAGCUGAAGAUGCAGCUCGCACCAAAGAGUGGUCAUUUUCCGAAAAACCUCACUGCUGCCGGUGUCAACAGCAGUAUCAGUAAGCCGAGAUGGCCCGUUAAUAACAAACACAAAAGUGGUGGUGUGCUGAACGAACCACAAACCAAACCGCACCGCAAGAGCUCGAUUCCGUACUUUCUGCCUCCGGGCGGGCAACUUCAGGGAUCGACGGGGCAGCAAUAUUUCCACCAUACCGCGGCCAGUAACGCCAACGGUAGUACGGCCAACUACAACAAGAGCUCUUCGUAUCCCAGCUUCGUUACGACACACGGCAACGGGGUAUCGCUGCACGGUAUGAAACCGAUGGCCACCGGUGGCGGUAGCAACAAUUCGUCUCUGCCGCAGCAACAACAACCGCACCAAAUGCAGUAUCCCCAUGCGUCGGGAAUUUCCAAUCACCAACAUCCGGCCGCGGCAGCAUCGUCGUUGCAACCACCGGCCAUGCAGCAUCCGAACUUUAUGUUCCACCGUCACUCUCUCAGCAACAUAACGCCCCACGGGUCCGGCUCGCUGGUGCCUCCAGUAUUCCUAUCGAACCUCAAUUCCGUAUCGGCCGAAAACUGUAGCGGGGCCGGUGGCGACAGGACGGCACCAUGUGGACCGGCAAGCAAGGCGAGUUCCGGGUCCUCGAUGAACGUCCGGGGUGUCGGUGAUCGACAGAAUGAUCGUGGUGUGAAAAGCAAUGACAGCACCGGCGGCAUUGGUGGUAACAGCAGCAGCAACAACAACGUUGGCCACAACAACAGCAUCGGCGAUAUCAACACGCGGCUCGAGUUUCUCUGCCGCCAGAUGACGGAACAGGCAAUCAACUAAGCGAGGUUAGUGGCCCCCCUAUUUGUUGUGCAUUCUUAGCGGCGCUGGAAUGUCGGAAUGGCGUGGUGAGGCAUUGGAAAUGGUACCAAAAAACAAAACAAGAAAAAACGGUACGAUGUGAUCGUGAUCGUGUUGAUGAUCGAACGGUGAUAUGAGCGAUCGGGCCAGAGGUGUUUAGAAAUGAUCUUAGCAUAAGGCAUAUAUGUAGGCGUGUGUUUGUGGGAACGAAACGACGUGCUAAAGUAGCACCGAUAGGGGCGCAAUCCUUGGGCAAGGCGGACCACUAGUCGCGCGCCCCUUUUCAAAGCAGCAUUGUAGAUGUAAUUAUGUUUUCGAUGUAGUUUUAGGCACAGAGCAGGCACAUAGGCCGAGAAAACUAUUGUUGUUUUCCUUGUUUAUGUCGUAUAGCUGUUGAAAAGUUCAAUUAUCAACCCCCCCAGGCGACGAGAAGGUUUGUCCGUUGAGCAGUGUGUCCUGUGGGGCGAUUUUUCGCUUACCGGAACAGAGCGCAGUCAAGCACAGAGAGAGAGAGAGAGAGAGAGAGCCAUUUACCUCCAUUUGAGUUCCGUUGAAUGGAUAGCACACGAAAGCUGGUCUGGUAAUAGUACCGCAUGCAGUACCGCUUAGUAGAGCUCCGUGUUUUCGAUGUUGGAGUUCAACGAUAGGGUUGAGUGUUAGUCUUUUAAGCAUGACGCACGAUCGGUGAUCGUAAGCGCGACGAGCCGCAUCGUUUCGAGAAGAAACAUAUUGCGGGGACCGAUCGAUCGAUCGAU